AUGGCAGUAUCAACAGAUGGUAUUUACUCUACACUAGCAGCUGAGGAGAUUGAGUUCCUUUUGUCACAUAGUGGAGAGGUGCCGUUGGAGUAUCUCCACGGAAAAACGAUUUGUCUCUUCUUCUCUGCAAGCUGGUGCAGGCCUUGCAAGGACUUCACUCCAGAGCUGGUAAAGCUCUACGAGAGUCUUCAGAAACGAGGAGAAGAACUCGAGAUCAUCUUUGUCUCGUUUGAUCAUGAUAUGACUUCAUUCUAUGAGCACUUUUGGUGCAUGCCGUGGCUUGCAGUUCCUUUCAGUUUAAGCCUACGCAACAAGUUAGCGGAAAAGUACAGGAUUGCUCGUGUCCCAUCACUCGUUCCUCUGUAUCCAGACGAAACCUCGGUCGCUGAAGAUGUGAUUGGUCUAGUUGAAGACUAUGGCCCUGAAGCAUUCCCUUUCACUAAAAAGAGAAAAGAAGAACUCAAGGCCAUUGAUGACUCCAAACGCUUUGGAGGACAGUUGGAGAAACUCCUUACGCAUGAAUCCCGGAACUACGUUGUCUCUAGAAAUGGAAGCAAGGUAGUAGUUUCUGAGCUUGUGGGCAAGACCAUAGGUUUAUACUUUGGUGCACAUUGGUGUCCGCCUUUUCGAUCCUUCACUUCUCAGCUCGUAGAUGUGUACAAUGAGCUUGUGACCGCAACAAAAGGCUGCUUUGAAGUCAUCUUAGUCUCAACAGACAGAGACUCGAGAGAGUUCAACAUCAACAUGACCAACAUGCCAUGGCUUGCAAUACCUUAUGAGGACAGAAGAAGGCAAGAUCUCUGUAGAAUCUUCAACAUCAAACUCAUACCGGCACUAGUCAUCGUAGGACCCGAAGGGAAGACUGUGAACACAAACGCGAGAGAAAUGGUGUCGUUGUAUGGAUCGAGGAGUUAUCCGUUCACGGAAUCGAGGAUUGUUGAGUUAAAAGCUUGUUUGAAGAAAGAAGGUGAUUCGUUUCCGAGGAGAGUGAAAGAUAAGAAGCAUGAGCAUGAGCUAAAGCUGGAUAUGGCGAAAGCGUAUGUGUGUGAUUUCUGUAAGAAGCAAGGCAGGUUUUGGGCGUUUUCUUGCGACGGUUGUGAUUAUGAUCUUCAUCCUACAUGUGUGGAAGAACAAGAAGCAUUAUCGGUUUAG